UCCAGAUGUAGGGUGACCAGACUUUCAGAAACCACAGCUUAUACUCUCAAUGGGAUGUCAGGAGAGUCGGUGAGAGCCUCUGGGCAAAAUGGGAAACCGGUGAUUCACAAAGACAGCACUGGAGAAAGAGAGAUCAUUCAGUUAGGAGUUAUUAUUCAGUAGGAGAUUGUGGCCAUCCAUGGCUGAUCAGCUGGUCGCUCUGGCUUGUGGACUGUCGGCUGCAUUUCUCCUCCUGCUGCUGUUUGGCCUGUCGGUGUAUCUGCUGUGGAGGAAGAGACGGACUCAAACACUCUACAGAGGACUGAUACCUGCCACCCCCACAAUCCCACGAUGCAUCACUCCGGUGCUUCAGACUUCACAAAGCAGCAGAUAUGGCUCUCGCGGGACAGGUGAUGUUCCUUUCUUUGUGCCUCCUCGAUUCAAGCGAGCACCCCAUUUAAACGACGGGAAGGAGGAAAGCAACAAUGCUAAGCAAUGGGAUCUCAAUCCUGAUCUGCACAGUCAGCGAGGCUCUCUAACAGUAGGCAGCUGGUUUCCUCUGGGCAACAUAAGACCAGACCUGUAUCAGCUUCCAGAGGAACCCAGUGAAUGGGCUCUUCCCGAUGGCUCGGCGGUGCGUCUGUGGUUUGCUCUGCGCUAUCAGCAGGACAAAGAGCAGCUGGUGGUUUCUCUGCUCCGGGCCGCCAACCUGCCCACUCAGUGCCAGCGUAACAUCACACUGGUCAAACUGCAGCUGCUGCCCUCUGACGACCGACGACACCGGCAGGCCAAAGCACGGAGGAAAGGCUGCCAUCCUCAGUUUAACGACACAUUCGUGUUUCAGGUGUCCAACAGCUGUGUCGACCAGUGCUCUCUGAACAUGAGCUUGUUCACUGUGGACCAUCAGAAGAAACACCAUCUAAUGGGCCAAAUCUUAAUUCCCCUCAGAUGUUCUGAGCUGAAGGAGGCGGCAGGCAAAGUGAAGUGGAGGGAUCUGGACAAUGAAAGCGAUCAACCCCUGUCAAAAAAUGGUGACAUCCAAGUAUCAUUGAACUACAAUCAGUCCUUACACCGCCUCACUGUGGUGGUUCUGCGUGCGCGAGGAUUGCAGUGUUGCAGUGAAGCAGCUGUAUGUGCCCAGGUGUCUCUGAAGAUCCACACUCAGGUGUUGAGGAAUAAAUGGACUACUGUGGCCAAAGGAAACAACCCAUCAUUUAAUGAGAAGCUUACCUUCAGACUUCUGCCUAUGCAGUUGGACACGGCCUGUCUGAGCCUGCAGAUCCAGCAGCCCAGCACUGAGAAGCCAGUGUUGUUGGGGAUUGCGGUCAUUGGGCCGUUCAUGUACGCGAGGGGCAGAGAGCUGGAACACUGGAACGACAUGGUCAGCAAACCACAGGAGCUCGUCAGGCAAUGGCACCCGCUGGGAUCCGCUGACACAUUGCAGGGCCCUCAAUGAAUAACACCCUCUCAAACCCAACGCCAAACACCUUCUUCGAAAGCAAUGGUAGCCUUUUUUUGUCUUUAAGCGUUAAGUCAGGGCUGAUGUCAGAAAACCAAAUGGAAUUAAAGAAAGUUAAAAGCAAAGGUUUAUUGAAAGCAUACAUUUGCAAAUGAGGUUUACUUGUAAUAACGGUUUGCUCUGCAAAAUCCCAUCAUAACAGUUGAUGAUGAAGAUAGAAAUACAAUCCAGUUGUACAA